AUGGCCCUCACUCCUGUCGACGCCACGCCUCAGGCUGCUCCUCAAGAGCCCGAAGAAAAGCCUCGAGACCCUCCCGACGUUGCGGUGACCCCGUGCGACCCGCCUGGUCGUUAUUAUUUCGAAGGUGGCUUGCGCAGAGUGGCCCCAUAUCACUAUACCUUCAACACCAACUGCAAGGAGCGAUGGCGGGGUAGAACGUUGGUGGAAAUCUUCACAUCGGAGUUUCGGGAUCGCAGACCGGAAUACUACAGGGAAGCCCUUGAAAAAGGCCUUGUUGCUGUGAACGGCGUACCUGGAAAUCCGGAUACCGUGGUCAAGAACGGCCAAGUCGUCUCCCAUACCCUUCAUCGCCAUGAACCCCCAGUCACCGGAAAGGACAUCGGAAUCAUCCACGAAGAUGACGAAUUGAUUGUCAUUGACAAGCCGGCCGGUGUGCCCGUUCAUUCCGCCGGAAGGUACCAUCACAACACUAUCGUCGAGAUUCUGCGCUCGCAGCGUGGUGGAGGAUGGAUCCCGCGGCCUUGCAAUCGGCUGGACCGCUUGACCUCUGGUGUCAUGUUUAUCGGAAAAACUCCCAAGGGAGCAGAGAGGAUGGCCAAAAAAUUGCAGCACCGAACUGUGCAGAAGGAGUACGUCGCUCGGGUUAAGGGUAAGUUCCCGGAUGGCGUUGUGGUCUGCGACCAGCCCAUCAUGUCUGUCAGUCCCAAACUCGGCCUGAACCGAGUGCGCGCAACGGGCAAGGACGCGAAAACCAAGUUCCGUCGAUUGGCAUACUACCCACCACCUCCUCCCCCGACUGCUGAAUCCUUUAAUUCCGACCGAGCUGCCACGCCGCCGCCUUCGCUGUCCAAUGAGACAGAGGGAUACAGUAUCAUCCACUGCUUCCCUUUGACUGGCAGAACACACCAGAUCCGUGUGCAUCUCCAGUUCCUGGGCCAUCCCAUCUCCAACGACCCAAUCUACUCGAACCGUAAGGUCUUUGGUCCCGAUCUCGGCAAGAACGAAGUCAGCGCAGACCGUGAUGAGGAGAUCAUCAGCAAACUGUCCUUGAUGGGCAAAACGGAACUCCCCGACACAGUUUCCUACCGUACACACUUCACGGCAGCUCCAUCCGUCCCGCCGGGCACUAACCCUGCUCUGGUGAACGAGAUCAUGUCCCGGGAACAUGAGGCUGCCGUGCUGGACUACCAAAAGCGCAAAGGCGAGCGACUGUCCGGCGAACUUUGCGCGACCUGCGGCACAGAGCUCUACACUGAUCCGGGAACACACGAACUGGGUAUUUUCCUGCACGCCGUGUCAUACGCGGAUAACGAAGGUGACUGGAAAUACAAGAGUAAAAUGCCUUCUUGGGGACUGCCUCCAGAUGGCAUGGAAGGUCCAGUAGAAGCGCCGGAUUGGAUUCCUGUGCCAGAAGAGGAGGAGCGCGUCAUCGGUCACGGUGUGAUUCCGGAAGGACUGGACGAUGAAGAGGCUGCUGCCGCCGCUGCUGCUCGGAAUAAGAGGAAGCAAGCGCCCACGAUUGUUCGGGGCGUUGGAAUGGUUGAUUACUCUUCUUGGCAGAAUGAGAAUAAGAAGAGCGAGGUGCAGACUGAAGAGGCUGCUACUGCUGCAGCACCUGCUUCGUGA